AUUGGCCGGCAAUUUUCCGGAAGUUUUGUACUUUGAGUGUACUAUGUCACUCUUCCCCCAAGGUGAUCUGGGAGCUUAGUAGGAAGGUGAGAUGGCGAGCACUAUAUGGCGCAGCCUGAUGAGAAAUAAGACGUUCCGGUACGGGGCCCCCAUGCUGCUCUUAAUCAUCGGUGGUUCAUUCGGCCUGAAAGAAUUCACCCAAAUCCGCUAUGAUGCCCAAAAUUUAAAACGAAAGAUGGAUCCAGCCCUGGAGGAAUUAGUCAGCAAGAAAAGAGUUUCCCUGGAAUCCGAGUUUGAGAAAAUUAAAGAUUCUAAUUAUGAAGACUGGAAAAACGUCAGAGGACCUCGUCCAUGGGAAGACUCAAAAUCAUUACAGCUUGAGCAGACAAAUUCUGCCAUUCCCAAACAGGCAUAGAUAUAUCUAUUAUAAAAGACUAAGGAAUAUGUGGCCAAACGUAGCUCAACUAUUUGAUCUGAGACUUUCUAUUUAUAUGUGAUGUCAUAACAGUGUAACUGGACACAACUUGUCCCAUCGGUACGGCUCUGAAUAAUGGACAUGCAAAAAUAUUUCAUUAUGUGUCAUCUGGAGGAUCUUGCAAAGUAAUGUGAGCCGGUGUUUUUAUUAAAUACUCAAUAUACAUUC